CGCUCUUCUUCCCUUUUCCCCCCUCCCCCUUUACCUCCCCAAUCUUUGAUCAUCUCGGAAUUUUUCAUAGUCGUAUCAACACUGCUGUAUUUUGAAGAUCAGUGGUGUUUUCUGCUAGAAACUUUCUUUUCUGCUAAUCUGCAGAAUCAUUACGUUUUAAGACAAGGUUAAUUCAUGCAAACAAUGGUCCAAAGAGUGUUAUUGAUUGGUAGUGGGAUCACCGCUGCACUGACAGGUGCUUUACUCAGAAAACAAGCUGCAGAUCGUAUCACUUUAACAAUAUGGGACAAAGCUAGAGGUGCAGGUGGUCGUAUGAGUACUUCCCGCAGUUCUGGAGAUUCAGAAUGUUUAGCCGAUCUAGGCGCCCAGUAUAUUACAGUCCUUCCAGAAAAUUUUGAAAAGAACCGAGAAAUAUAUGGAAACUUAUUAGAAAAUCAGAUCAUUGAACCUUUAGUUCUUGGAGCUGUCAGUGGUAUGAAAGAGUUUCCCUCUGGUACUCAGCAUUUUGUGACACCCAAUGGUAUGAGUUCACUGGUCAAAUACUUGAUUUCACUGAGUGCUCCGGAAGACACUUUGUUCCAGCAUCACGUUUCCGCAAUCACGCAAAUAGGAGAAAAGUUGCAGGUUGAGACAACAACAGGUACAAAGGAGGAGUUUGAUGUUGUUAUUCUAACUCUACCUGCACCACAAGUUCUCCAGUUAGGUGGAGAUGUACCUCUGCUGUUAAAAAGCCAACCAGAGCUUGAAGAUGGAUUGAGAGCUGUUAAAUUCAGCUCACGUUAUGCAUUAGCAUUAUAUUUCAAUAGUGGUGAUGGGCAACAUGAGCCGUGGGCAGCCAAGUAUAUAGAUAAUAAUCCUGUUUUCCGCUAUGCUUCUAUUGAGAACAGAAAAAGAAACAGACCAGAAAAACCCCCAGCUGCUGUUUUUCACAGCAAUGUCAAAUUUGGCUCUGAAAACAUUGAAAAAACUCUGAUUGAUAUGGAACCAAUUCUUCUAGAAGAAUAUAAAAACCUGUUUCCUAAAUGGCCAAAACCAGCGGCAAUUAAAUGCCAUAAGUGGAGAUAUUCCCAGGUCACAUCACCUUUUCCUGGAAAGAUUGGAGGAAUCAGCAUCCUGAAAAAACCUCUUCUAAUAAGUGGUGGUGAUUCCUUUACUGGAUCUGGUUUCGAUAAUUGUAUUGAAUCAGCAAGGUGCCUCACCAAAAAUGUGUUGGAAUUUCUAGAAACAUAGUGGAUUAAUAUUUAAGUCUGAAUAGAUCUUCAGUAAGAAAAAAAAUUGGGUUUAAACCAUUUUAUUUUGAUAAAUAAACCACUGCUUUCUCAUUA